CUCUAAUCUCAAAAACUAACCCUAAUCUCUUCCAGAGUAUAUCAUUACGUCGUAGUGGUUUUUUCUUCUUCAUCCUUUUGAGACCUUCGAUAUUUUGUUGAUCUUAUUUCAUCAAGAACAUUAAAAUGGAGGGGGGACAAGAUUGGCGCAAACUUAUUUGUACUCCCGAACAAGUCUUCGAUGAUUACAAGGGUCGUCGUAACGCUAUAAUUGCUGCCCUUACAACUGAAGUGGAAGAUUUUUAUCAGCAGUGUGAUCCAGGAAAAUUACACCGUACUUUGUUUUAUUUUUAUUUUUUCAGUACUUCUUUGCACGCAUUCGGUAAUUCGUUCAUAUUUUUUCCCAGUGUAAUUGUCUUUGAAUCCGCAGGUUUCAUCUAUGGUUUAUUACGAAAAUGGAGUUUCUACCUCUUCCAUUUUUGUUUUUAAUUUCUUGUUUAUUUCAUUCUUUGUGCUGCAAAAUUUUGUUUAAAUUUCCAUCAACUUUGGAUCCUAAUAUUUGAUAGCUGGAUACUUCAAGUUUAUAUUAGAGAUUUAAUCUGUUGCUUUUGUUAUUGUUAUCCGUAAAUAACAGUCAUUGAUACUGAAUAUAUUAAAGUCAGGGGAACACUCUGUUUUUUAUUUGUCAUUAUAUCUGUUGGUGUUUCUGUUUUUUCAUGUCUCUUCAUUGUAAGGAAUAUUCCUGCUAUGCAUCUUUGGGAUGCGACUUGCAAUUCGCUGGGUAAACCACUUUUCAACGAGAAAGAGAACUUUUGCUUGGUUGGAUAUCCCAAUGGGAGGUGGUCUGUUACUUUACCUGAAGAACAAGUACCUUCAGAGAUUCCAGAACCUGCUUUGGGUAUCAACUUUGCAAGAGAUGGGAUGCGUGCUAAGGAAUGGCUGGCAUUAGUAGCUGCCCACAGUGAAGGGUGGUUGUUUUCGGUUGCUUUCUACUUUGCUGCCAGAUUUGGAUUUGAUAAAAGUGAGAGGAAGACACUCUUCAACAUGAUAAACGAGCUGCCUACAGUGUUUGAGAUUGUGACUGCCGCUGCAAAGAAACAACUUAAAGAGAGAAUUUCACUCUUAGACCUUAGUCGCCGCAAAUUGAAACCAAGUUCCGAAUUGAAGAAAAGGGCACCCGUAGAAUAUCACCGAGGAAGAUCCACGGACUUGGACCCAAAUUGUGCAGAGGAUGGACAGGAAGACGAAGAGGAGCACAGUAACACCAUGUGCGGUGCUUGCGGGCUCCAGGAUGGACUGGAUGACUUCUGGAUAUGCUGUGAUGCAUCAUGUGCAAGGUGGUUCCAUGGAAGGUGCGUGAAAAUUACCCCUGCUAAAGCCCAGCACUUGAAGCACUACAAGUGUUCCUCUUGCAGCAGCAAGAGAUCCCGUCCACAUUAAUGUUGAGUAGGCCUGAUGCUGGUUUUAUUAUGUCCAUAUUUAAUUCUUAUUGCCAAGAGUACGAAGGUUACAUCAACUUUAGGGAGAAAUUAGUUUCGCCAUUUAACCUGAUUUACCCCUAGCCUGCUGAUGUACAGAGACAUCUUUUCUUUACAAUUUGACCAUUUGAGUGGUCAUUUCUUGAUUAUAUCCCCUGUUACGAGCCUUGAUAUUUUGAGAGGACGGGAUAUGCCAUUGUUGUUCUCCCAUUAGCAUUUCUUGUUCUUUCCAGGGAUGUCUUUAAUUUUC